AUUGUCGCAGGCAAUAUACGUCAUUGUCACGCAAUUUAACCUUAAAUCCUAUAUAAAUAUUUGAAAUUUAUAGUCGUGGUAAAAUUACCUGGAAAUAAUAUUAGUCAUCCACAACUAAGAAAAUGGUUUAAUUCAACAUUCUGUUUAUUUGAAAAACGCUUGUAUAAUAUAAUAGAAUGGGGCAAACAUUAUCUGAACCUGUCACUGCCAAAGACACGUCUUACUGCGAGGAUUCAUCGUUUCGAGUCGGGUCUAGUUGCAUGCAAGGAUGGAGGAUAAAUAUGGAAGAUUCCCAUACACAUAUCCUGCAAUUACCAGACGAUCCCGAAGCUGCAUUUUUUGCAGUUUACGAUGGACAUGGAGGAGCCGAAAUAGCAGAUUAUGCAGGUAAACAUUUACACAAAUUUAUAAUGAAGAGACCGGAUUACCAUGAGGGGAACAUUGUGGAAGCUUUACAAAAGGCUUUUUUGGAUUUAGAUGAACACAUGUUAGAGGAAGAGAGCCUUUUCAACAAACCAUCAGGAUCAACGGCAAUAACAACCCUUAUAAAAGGUGAUAAACUUUAUUGCGCAAAUGUGGGAGAUUCUAGAGCUGUAGCCAGUAUAAACGGUAGAGCUGUAGCUUUAUCUGAAGAUCACAAGCCUUCGAAUCAAUUGGAAUUCGAGAGGAUAAGAGCUGCCGGUGGUUGGGUGGAUGCUAAUAGAGUAAAUGGUAAUCUAGCACUAUCCAGAGCGUUGGGUGAUUUUGCAUUCAAGAAAAACACCGAAUUACCACCAGAACAACAGAUAGUAACCGCUUUUCCGGAUGUAACAGAAUUUACAAUAACACCAGAUUGGGAAUUCAUAGUUUUAGCUUGUGAUGGUAUUUGGGAUGUGAUGAGUAAUAAAGAAGUCAUUUCAUUUAUCAGGGAAAACAUCGCCAGCGGUCAAGAACCGGAGGAAAUUUGCGAGAAAUUGAUGAUGAGAUGUUUAGCACCUGAUUGUCAAAUGGCCGGAUUGGGAUGUGACAAUAUGACAGUAGUUCUUGUAACUCUUCUACACGGAGAGGGAUACGAUAAAUUACAGGAAAAAUGUAAAGGAAUACCUGUUGAAGAUAUUGAUGAUGUUAAAGAUGAUGAUACGCACAGUUGAGAUUGAUAGGUAAAUGAAAAUAAUCGAUGUGUUGUCUGGAGGAGAGUUUGAAAUUUUUUUUUUAGACCCUAUACUUGUAUUAGGCCUAAAUUAUUGUUUUGUAGCUUCUGGAUGUUACAAAUCUAAAUAAUUUUCGUGGUUUUUGUGAAAUUUUGUAAAUCUAUUAGUGAAUAACGAUCCUGAUGUUGUUUUUUGAUCAUUUUUGAAUCAAAAGUGUAGAGUUUUUGUACAUAAUUGUCUUGCUAUUUUAGUUCAGCAAAUUUGUCUUUUUUCUGCUCUAUAAAUCAAACUAUACUCUCUAAUAUUACAGCGUAAGAAUUCUAUCCAAAAUUUUCGUUUUUAUUGUUCAAAAAUGAUAUAUCAUCAUUUGAAAUUGUCCAAAUAUACAAAUCAGUUAAAAAAUUGGGCAAUAACAAUAAUUCUUGGUCCAGUUUCUCAAAAAAUGAGGUGUACAACUCGAUAGAUGAAACUAUACAAUCUAAAACUUUGGUGUAAUAAUUCUAUCCUCACUUUUUGUUUUUAUUGUUCAAAAAUUGUAUUUUAUCAUUUGGGACAGUUUAAAUAAUCAGCUUAGAACAUUAGUUGAAUCCAUAACUAAUUUUUUAAAAAAUAAGUGUAGAACUUUGAUUUGGUGUACUAUUUCAUUUCAGAUUUUCAAUUUAGAACAAAAAUUGGAUUAUACAAAGUGCCCAUGAUCAAUAUGCUUGAAAAAUGAACUCUCCAGACUUCCCUAUCGCUUAUUUUCGGUAAAGAGAGGAAAGUUGCAGUUAGAAUAAUAUGUAUAUAGAUAAAUAAAAAAGAAACGUAGAUGCGGUUUCAUGUGUUAUGUUAGUUUCGGGUAUUAGUUUCAUAGCAAAUAAUUUUUCUUCCAAAACAAACAGUAUACUAAUUUCAACGCCUUUAUUGAAUUUGUUGUAAUCAAAACCCUUUUCUAUUCGAGUGAUUUCCUCCAAUCUGGUAUUUAACGUUUUAUCCUGUCUUGUUCGUUUUACUGUCAAUAUAGAUUCGACUUUUAGCUCAUUUAUACAAAUCUAGUGAAAAAACUGUACAGUAACGAUCAAAUUUCCCUUAUUAUCACUAUAUACAAGUAUUAUAUUUAUUUUUAAUAUUAGCAAUAAGUAUUGGUUUGUAUACACAUUUCUAUUGAGAUUUUCCUAUUUAUUUUUAUUAAAAACAUGUUGUUUACAAGUUUUCGAGGUUUAAAUCAAGUUUUAGUACAUUCUACUUACGAUU